GGCCGCCCUCAUCGCCCGGUGCCUGGCGGAGAUGCCGGCGCGGGUGGCGUCGUGGCGGCAGCAGCGGGAGCAGGCUCGGGAGCGGGCGCGGGCGGAGGCGGCGCGGCGGCAGCGCCUCCUGGCCGAGGCGGGGCUGGAGGGGCCCCCCCGGGCCGGGACCCCCGCCCGGAGCGCGGCGCGGGCGCAGGAGCUGCUGGAGGAGCUGGAGCGGCAGCAGCGCCGGGAAGAGAAGCGGCGCCGGCGCCAGGAGAGGAUGGAGGCGGCUCAGAGCGCGCUGGCGGCGGCUGAGGCGGCGGCCAAGGAGAGAGCCCCCCCUGGGACCCCCCCUGAGGGGGCUGGGGGGGCCUCCUGA